AAUCAUAGCAACCAAAGAGCAAAUUAAACAGUCUUAUAUCUUUCUGCCAUACAUAGUCAAUAUGACGAUCAUGUCAAUUGCAGCCAAAGCAGCGCCAGCGCAGUCCCUGAGCAAGGAGCAGAUAAGAAAACAUUUCCGUAAGUGCGAUAAAGAUGGGAAUGGGUUCCUCACCAAGCAAGAGAUAAAGGAAGCAUUUGACAGACUCUGUGCCCUUUUCCCUGCUUAUAGAACUCGUAAGGCAAUUGCAAUUGCAGACGAGAACGGCGAUGGAUGUGUGAAUAUGAAAGAUCAUGAGUUUGAGGCACUCAUAGAUUACGUUUACAACCUUGCCUACACCAAAGUUAAUACCGCUAAAAGGGUUUAAGUGAAGCUCCAUGUAUGGAUGUUUAGUAGUUAUAUAUGAUAAAAGCAGCAGCUGCAGGUGUACUAUAUUUAUAUCUAUGGAGCUGUGAGUCUAUAAAGAACUCUCGCUUGAUUAAUGCCCUUUUCUUCUUUCUUUUAUGUGCAGAUGGUGUUUAGUUUUGCUAGCUAGUCUACAACCGUCUUUUGAGAUCUGAAAUGAUUGUAAAAGCACUGGUAAUUAAUCAAGCAAUUUAACUACA